AUGUCGGCCGGCAAGCGCAUCCUUCGCGCCGUCGAGCUCCAGCAGCCGAGCGGCCAGCGCGCGACCUUCCUCGUCAACAAGGACCUCUUGCCUGUACCUCGCGAGGAGCGCCUCUGGACGGCUCUGAACUACUGGACGUUCUGGUUGGCCGACUCCUUCAACGUUAAUACCUUCAUGAUCGCGAGUUCGGGCGUCGCGGCAGGUUUACCAUGGUGGGCCACAUGGUUGGCUGUCUGGGUCGGCUACGGGUGCGCGGGAUGCUUCGUCGCGCUCAAUGCCUAUGGAGGAGCCAAGUACCACAUCAUCUUUGCAUCGUACAUUCGCUCGUCGUUCGGCAUCUACGGCGGCCUGUGGCCGACGUUCAACCGCGCCGCGAUGGCGUGCGUCUGGACCGGCGUGCAAGGUUUCAUUGGCGGCCAGGCCGUCUAUACCCUCCUCCUCGCCAUCUGGCCGAGCAUCGCCAACCUGUCGAACGGCAUCCCCUCGAGCGGCACCGACACGGCCCACUUCCUCUCGUUCUUCCUCUUCAUGCUCCUGCUCACGGUCGCCGUCUUCUUUCCGUUCCACACGAUCCGCCAUCUCUUCACCGUCAAGGCGAUCGUCGCGCCUGCAAGCGGUAUCGCGCUCCUCGUCCUCUGCCUCGUCAAAGCCAAGGGCGCAGGCGACCUCCUCACGGAGAAGGCGGCGAUCCAGGGCUCCAAGCUCGGGUGGGAGUUCGUCGGCCAGCUCAUGAGCUGUAUAGCCAACAUGGCAACACUCGCGACCAACGCCGUCGACUUUGCGUCGCGGGCGAGCAAGCCGUCGGACGUCAUCCUCCCUCAGAUCAUCUCCCUUCCCUUCUGUUUCGCCAUCACGUCGCUCAUCGGCAUCCUCAUCGGCUCGUCGACGACGGCCCUGUUCGGCGAGUACGUGUGGUCGCCCCUCGAGGUCAUGGAGCGCUUCCUCACCGUCGAGGGUGGAGCGUCGCACGGCAUGCGCGCCGGCGUCGCGUUCAUCUCGAUCGGCUUCAUCAUCGCCCAGCUCGGCACCAACGUCGCCGCCAACACGCUCUCGGCCGGCGCCGACUUGACGAGCCUGUUCCCUCGAUUCCUCAACAUUCGUCGCGGUGGGUACGUCGCCGUCGCCGUCGGGUUCGCCAUGUGCCCGUGGAAGCUCCUCGGCUCGUCGACCACUUUCGCCACGUACCUGUCGGCGUACAGCGUCCUCCUGUCGUCCAUCGUCGGCGUAAUGGUGUGCCACUACUACACGAUCACGCGCCAGCAGCUCAAGGUGCACGACCUGUACGAGAAGGAGGGCAUCUACACGUACUGGCGCGGCAUUAACCUGCGCGCGUACGCUGCCUACAUCGCCGGCAUCGCCAUCAACAUCACGGGCAUGGCGGGCCAAAUGGGCGCCACCGUGUCGCUCACGGCGACGCGCAUCUACCAACUGAGCUUCUUUACCGGGUUCGGCGUCGCGUUCGUCGUCUACUGGGCCCUGUGCCGCAUCUGGCCCAUCCCGGUCCCGACGCCCGACGAGAUCGCCCAGGUGCCCGCCGCACUCGCGACGGCCGACGCGCGCGGCGAGCUCCGGCGCCAGGAGACGGGCGAGUCGGCGUUCGGCGCCGGCGCCGCCGAGAAGGACGAGAAGGAGGUCGACGAGACGUCGAGGGGCGCGGUCGAGCUCGUGUGAGGGUCGCAGUCGACGUGUUGUGCUUCGUACUUGUUGUCCAGACCGUCCUCAGUGUGUCAUCGAGUCGGUUUGUGCCCG